UUGAAGUGGACGGAAGUGGUUUCGUGUUUCCGGCUGCCGGCGGACCGCUUCAGUUCGUCGCUAGCCGUUAGCCGUUAGCCGCUAGCUCCUCUCUCCGUGUUGUUAGCCGUGCAGGUGAAGAUGGGGGAGGCAGACGUGACGCUGAGUCAGACCGACGAGAAGCCUCCGGACUCGGGGCUGGUCCCCGGGGAGGACUCGGUGGUCUGGAGCCACGAGGUGGAGGUCUGUCUGUUCCACGCCAUGAUCGGACACAAACCCGUCGGAGUGAACCGUCACUUCCACAUGAUCUGCAUCAGAGACAAGUUCAGCCAGAACAUCGGACGGCAGGUCUCCUCCUCCGUCAUCUGGGAUCACCUGGGAACCAUGUACGACAUGCAGGCGCUGCACGAAUCAGAGAUUUUACCGUUUCCAAACACAGAGAAGAGUUUCUCUCUGCCUGAUGACAUCAUCCAGGAGGUGAAGGAAGGGAAGCUGGGCUCAGAGGAGGAGACCAAAGAAGAGUUCAGGAUGGAGAGAGAACCUCCCGCCACACAUGAAGAAGGCAGUAACUCAUCGGUGAAGAUGUCGGAGCGAACGAGCAGCAGUCGGGACAAGGAGAGAGAGCGGGACAAGGAGAAGGGAGGGAGCGAGGGAGGAGCAUCCGGAGGAGGAGCAGCAGGAGGUGGAGGAGGAGGUGCAGGAGGAGGGAAGGAGGCGGAGAAGAGGAAGAGGAGUCGAGCGGCUGAGAAACUGCUGUCGUCUUCCAACCCGGCGAGUCCGGGCGGCGCCAAGAGGAGACGCACCUGAGAGAGAGAGAGAGAGAGAGAGAGAGAGAGAGAGAGAGCAGAGAGAGAGCAGAGAGAGAGCAGAGAGAGAGCAGAGAGAGAGCAGAGAGGGUGUGUGAGCAGAGAGGGGGAGGAGAAGAGAAGAAGAACGCGUCACAGACAGGAAACAGCUGCAGCCUCGUGAUGCUACAGCAGCAACUCAUCUGUCCUUUUAUUUGUCUUUUAUUACUUUGUGUUCAGGUGUCAGUUCAGUUUCACUUUGAUCAGAUCAGAUGUUACCGUGUGCGCUCGCAGCAGGCAGAGAGCACGCCACGCCCUGCAGAGCACACCACGCCCUGCAGAGCACGCCACCCCCUGCAGAGCACGCCGCCCCCUGCAGAGCACGCCACGCAGUCCGGCACUCUGCAGGACGCAGGCUGAGUGAGGCGCCGCAGGGAGGCGUGUCCUGGUGAUCUUAUCACAGGAAGAAACACGCCGUCAAGUCAUGACGUCACAUAACAGGAACGUCACAAGUAAAUGUGAAUUUGGAAACAUUUUACGAUUAAAACCAGUUUGCAUGCUGAGAAGUUCAUCUGUUUGAACAUAAACAAAAAAUAUGUUUUUAAUUCGAUAUAUGUUACAAAUUUUUAGCAAAUGAUGACAUCACAGCGUCCCCUGAAGCUCUCGGCUCGUUGCUCCGUGCGGCACACAGAGCACAGGGCUCUGUUCAUUCCUAUGAACGCUGCUCAGUGUGUUCAGGCGAGUCAGGAUGUCCCGGAGGACAGAAAGAGUCGGCUCAGACCUGUCUGUGAUCAGGUCACCAUGGUAACAAUGAGAACAGACAGAAGCUUCUUCUACUCACUGAAAUACUUUAAUAACAAACUCCUCCUGAAUGUUUCUUGGUGCAGCACAUUUCUGUUUCAGCUUCAUGUUUCAUUUAAAACCUUUUUUUACCGGGACGUGAUUGUUACCUUAAAAACAAGAGUCCCAAACAUCUGGAGACUGUGAGGAGUCUGUCUGUCUGUCUGUCUGUCUGUCUGUCUGUCUGAUUGUUGCUUCAUGAAUCUGUUUUUAUUUUUUAUUGAGUUGAUAUUGUCCUUAAAUAACGUUCUGUGGCCCAACAUGAGGAGAUGUUUGACCUGCAGCGACGUGAACAUGACUCGGUGUGUUUUUCAGCAGCAGGUCGGGUCGUUGAGACCAGAGAGACGACUCGUUUUUAUCAUCUGACUGUUAAAUAUGAUGCAAUAAAUCUGCCGUCUGAUCUGUCGUUUCCCUGAACGGAGGCUGUGACAUUUUUUCAGGAUCUUCUUUUGAU